GCUGAUAGGGACGGUCUGGGUGCCGCUGCAGACUCCCGUUAAGCCACCUGUCGCAGAAACUGCUCUUUAAACACCCCCUGACGUCAGUGGUGGUGAUGUGUGCUGCUUGUGAGAGAGGCACACACCCCCAUGUGGUAGAGACCUACCCGUCCCCGGUUAGUCUAGACUGGCUUGCUGGGGGAAUCAGGGCGUGUUUCACGCUCGGAUCGACAGUCGGCCUCCGUGCCCGCUGGGUUUGGAAUAGCCGACCGAGCCCCGGACAGCGCGGCCAGGCGGAGGGACCUCUUUGGACGGAGGGUGACGAUUCGGCCGCCGGAAAACAGGCGAGGACCGCGUUUCGUUAAUAAACCCCGUCGUAGGCAGCGAGGGUCUAAACUGAUAUACUUUACAUUAGACGGGGAUUAGGGCGGGUGCAAUAUAAUGAAUAACAACCAGAGAGACGGUUUUCGAUUAAGCGCAUUAAUUACACACCAUGGAUUUGAAUAAGUUUCUUUAAAGAAUGAAACGCAGACAGGCAGUGGAUGACAUGCGCGGAGAAGAUAGAGAGGAUCCGACUCAUACGGAGAAUAAAUUCACAGGCUAUUCGCGUCGGCUGUUAACGGUGCCCCCCGCCCCCUUUAUCUGCAUCAUAAUUUAAAGAAGCAGAUGAAGAUCGUUCCGAAAAGAAACACUCUAGCCUCCUCAUAAAAACGGAAUUUCAUACAGAAAAAAAUACGGCGGUCUUGGGCAGUAGCGUGGAAUUUAAUUUAUAUUAGAUUUCCGGUUUUAUUUAGGCUAAACGAAGAGGUCUCGUAUUAUCAUAUUACAGUUAGGCUACAACAAUUCGCGUUUAGAGGGAUUGUUCAACUGUUUCGUAAUUUAUAAAACUACAGGACUGAUUUUGCGGGUGAAUCCGUCAUUCAUUCAUCCUCCCGUCAUUCGCGCGUAGCUGUACAUGUUUACUGCAAAAGCAAAAAGUACAGGAGGCAUCGGGACGUCGUAGCUGCGAUGCCAUACAGGGCAUGUGGCCCUGAAGUCUUUUUUCAUUAUUGAUUUAAUAGGUACCAGAUUGGCGAAAACGUGCGAUCAAAGACAAACGGUGGCCCAGCCUCGCAUCAUGUGUCACUGCAGACGGAGGACUGUAGCGUUUGCUUUGCUCAGGGAGCUGUCAACAAGCAGGCACAUUUAACCACUUAAAUCUUGGAAAAAAGUGUGCGAUCGGGCCCUGCACCAGACAUGAUACCGGGAACUGCUUCGGCGAUGCUCCCAGCCUCGGAAGCUGCUAAGAUAUACCAGACCAAUUACAUCCGCAACUCCAGAGCCAUCGGAGUCCUGUGGGCCAUCUUCACCAUACUGUUUGCGAUCGUCAACGUGGUGUGCUUCAUUCAGCCCUACUGGAUCGGGGAUGGCGUGGACACCCCGCAAGCCGGCUACUUCGGCCUCUUCCAUUACUGUGUAGGCAACGGGCUUUCCCAGGAGCUGACAUGCCAGGGAAGUUUCACCGAGUUCAGCUCCAUCCCAUCGGGCGCCUUCAAGGCGGCGUCCUUCUUCAUCGGGAUGUCCAUGGUGCUGGUCAUCACCUGCAUCGUCUGCUUUGCCCUUUUCUUCUUCUGUAGCACGGCCACCGUCUACAAAAUCUGCGGCUGGAUGCAGCUCGCCUCUGGUAGGUGCUUCGCGUUUCUGAGCCAGAACGUGGGCGCUCGCACUCCGAACGGCGCUGAGCUGAGAAUAGCGCUGGCAGAGAGCACGUAG